AUCUCCAUGAAUGCUUCCAGUGUCACUGAGUUUGUGCUCCUGGGUCUCUUCCAUUCCCACUCCAUCCAGCUCCUUCUCUUUGUCCUGGUCUUUGCCUGCUACACAGCAACCCUUGUGGGCAACCUCCUCAUUGUGGUGACUGUACAUGCAGAGCCCCGCCUCCUUCUGUCCCCCAUGUACUUCUUCUUGUCUAAUUUAUCCAUUCUUGAUACUUCCUUGGCUUCUGUGGCUGUGCCUAAAAUGCUGGCAGACCUGGUUAGCUAUGGCCAGACCAUUUCCUAUGGAGGCUGCAUGGCCCAAGUCUUCUUCCUUCACUUCUUUGGGGGUAGCGAGAUGCUGCUUCUCACUCUCAUGGCUUAUGAUCGUUAUGUGGCUAUCUGCCACCCACUGAGAUAUACAACUACAAUGAACCGCCAACGUUGCAUGAGACUUCUCGCAUCCUGCUGGAUUGGAGGUCUUAUCCAUUCUGCCACCCAGCUCAUCCUGGUCCUCCGACUCCCAUUCUGUGGACCAAAUGAACUGGACAAUUUCUACUGUGAUGUUCCGCAGGUGGUCAAAUUGGCUUGCGUCAAUACCUACGUCACUGAGAUACUCAUGGCAGCCAACAGUGGCCUCCUCUCCCUGGUUUGCUUCCUUAUCUUGCUAAUCUCCUAUGGUGUCAUCCUGGUCAGCCUACAAGGCCGCUUCAAGGAGAGUAGAGGGAAGGCUCUGUCGACCUGCAGUUCUCACUUGACCGUAGUCAGCCUCUUUUUUGUGCCCUGCCUCUUUGUCUAUCUUGUACCCUUCUCCAACACCAGUGUGGACAAAAUGGCCUCCACAUUCUACACUGUAGUCACCCCUGCACUCAACCCUAUCAUAUAUACUCUCAGGAAUCAGGACAUGAAGAAGGCUAUGGGCCAGUUGAAAAACCAGUGCAUUUUCUCCCAUUGA